UCUCUCUCUCUCUCUCUCUCUCUUAUUGUUAGCAAUAAUAUUGGGUUGAAUUUGUACGAGAUCAUAUUCAAGAAUGGCAAAGCGUUGCGAAGAAGAGCACCCCAAGAAGGCCUUUGGAUGGGCAGCCAGGGAUACUUCUGGUCUCCUCUCUCCUUUCCAUUUCUCUCGAAGAGAAACUGGAGAGAAAGAUGUUACGUUUAAGGUUUUGUAUUGUGGGAUAUGUCACUCGGACCUUCACAUGGUUAAGAAUGAAUGGGGCAAUUCUACCUAUCCUCUCGUUCCUGGGCAUGAAAUUGUUGGAGUAGUGACAGAAGUGGGAAGCAAAGUGCAAAAGUUCAAGGUGGGCGACAAAGUGGGCGUGGGCUGCAUGGUGGGAGCUUGCCGCUCUUGCGAAAGCUGCGCCAAUGACCUCGAGAAUUACUGCCCCAAGAUGAUCCUCACCUACAGCGCCACCUACUACGACGGCACAACCACCUACGGAGGCUACUCCGAUGUGAUGGUAGCCGACGAGCACUUUAUCGUUCGCAUUCCGGACAACCUACCUCUUGAUGCUGGAGCCCCUCUCCUGUGCGCCGGGAUCACAGUUUAUAGCCCCUUGAAGUAUUUCGGCCUAGACAAGCCAGGUCUUCAUGUUGGCAUAGUUGGCCUAGGCGGGCUUGGCCAUGUGGCAGUGAAAUUUGCCAAGGCUAUGGGGGUUAAGGUCACUGUGAUUAGUACCUCUCCUAACAAGAAGAAGGAAGCUAUUGAACAUCUUGGUGCUGAUUCAUUUUUGGUCAGCCGUGACCAAGAUGAAAUGAAGGCUGCCAUGGGCACAAUGGAUGGUAUCAUUGACACAGUUUCUGCAGUGCAUCCUCUUUUGCCUUUGAUUGGUUUGUUGAAGCCCCAUGGAAAGUUGGUCAUGGUUGGUGCUCCGGAGAAACCACUUGAGCUACCGGUUUUUCCAUUGUUGAUGGGAAGGAAAAUAGUGGGUGGAAGUUGCAAUGGAGGGAUGAAGGAAACACAGGAGAUGAUUGAUUUUGCUGCAAAACACAAUAUAAGGGCUGAGGUUGAAGUUAUUCCAAUGGAUUAUGUAAACACUGCAAUGGAGCGACUUCUGAAGGCAGAUGUCAGAUACCGAUUUGUUAUUGACAUUGCAAACACAUUGAAGCCAUCAACAGCUAGCUCUUAAGAAACUUGUUUUGCUUCUUUUGUUCAUUGUAUUUUUCGGAAAUAAUUCAAACUAAAUUCGAUCGAUUCAAGUUGUAUUUUCACGAGCUUUAUUAAAUAAGUUGCUCAUAUAUGAGAUUACAGUAUUUGAGACAACAAAUUAUUCUAUGCCUUCUCUUCUUUUG